AUGGGAAAACUAACCAGAUUUGAGAUAAAUAUAGAUGCCCCAAGUCCAGUGUUCUAUGCCGGACAGAUUGUUCAGGGUCGCGUCACUGUUGAACUCAGCGAACCUAAGAAGGUUAGAGGAAUCCGCCUGUCGUUUUAUGGCAGAGCAUUUGUUCAUUGGUCUGAAAGGGUUCACAGGGGAUCUGGUAACAACAGGCGAACAGAAACUGUUCAUUAUAGGGCUGAGGAAGAAUACUUCAAUCAAGAAGUUCUACUAUCUGGACAAUGUGAGGCUGUUAUUCUCUCCUAUUUGUCUUUUAUGAGAUGA